AUGAGGUUAAGUGACGCGAUGUGUUCCUCGAGCUCGCCCAUGCGCUCGACUGCCUCGACGUGCAGCUCGAUCGAGGAGGCCAUGAGGCAGUCCAUCUUCCCGGCCGACCCGUUCGGGCUGCCGACCGCUAAUAGCGUUAGAAGUCGCGAAACCCGCGCGUCCGCAGCAGCGGGGAGGUCUGGGAAGAUUCCGAGGCUUCUGUGGCGAUGCAGCUUGUCGGCGCGCAGUCUGCUGUCGCUGUCCCGCGAACGAAGCGGUGACGACUCAACGGAGACUCGGAGCAGUUUGAGGCGGCAUACACACGGGUCCCUCGUUUCAACGCCUUCCAGGUCAUCGACAACGGCGACGGAAACCCAACCCAGACGACAGCGCGCCUCAACUCGGGAACAAACUUCGACUCCGCGGUCAAGCACGAUGUUUCUGCGCGAGUGCAGCGAGGAUCUACAGCUCUUUCGUGAAGAAGCCGAGUACUCGGACUAUUUAUCGUCUCAUGUGACUGGACAGCACAUUGAGCGGCUGGAAGACGGCGUGGUGUUCUACGAGGUCCAAGUUCAUCUGAGCAAGCAGCAGUGGUGCGUGGUGCGCCGCUUCUCGGAGUUCCGAGCGCUCCGACAACAACUCGUCAAGCACUUUAGUCGGGGCAGACGCCGCCGUCAGCCGCGCUGUCCGAUCUGCGAGAAUGUGCUGGCCUCUAUCGUGGAAACCACGUUCCCUUCACGACGGGUGUGGGGCUCGCGCCUUUUCUCCAGCUCGUCUUCUGAUGAGUUUGAAGACGAAAUGAUCGAUGAGCGCAAGGCUCGCUUCCGAGAGUUCGUGGCCGUGUGUCUGCUCACUGUUAGAAGCCUCCGCCAGCACGUCCGCGUGUUGCCAGACAGCGACGCGUGUGAGAUCAGCGUUGCGCUGCGGAUGAUCGAGGAGUUCCUCGGUCUCAGCUUCACCAGAUAUCUCGGGUUCCUCGGAGAACGAGGAAUCGUCGACCAAAUGUCCGAGUCCGUGAGGCAAAGGCUGUCCCUGCGACGACGCCAAGAGGAUAGAGCUGUGUCGGACGUCAGUUCUACAAGUACAUGGCGGUGA